AUGUUUGUCGCAUUUGUGCAAUUUCUCGGUGACCCCGGGUACUUCUCUCGUUCUUCGCGCUGCUACGAGCCAUGUGGUACGGCGCGGGUGCAUCGCGGUGAGGACGGCGGGGCGCGACGUGGCAUGGCGGAGCCCGAGCCAGCCGGCCUCGGCGACGCCGUGCUGCUGGCGCCGCUCACCGAGGAUUCCUUUCUUCACAACCUGCAUGUCCGCUACAAGCGCGACAUCAUAUACACUUAUGUGGGCAAUGCUCUGGUUUCGGUGAACCCGUGCCGCGCGCUACCGCUCUACUCCACCGAGUUGGUGCGCACCUACCUAGCCCGUCCACCUUACCUACUGCCUCCGCACCUGUAUGCAAUCACGGUGACCGCGUACCGAUGGGUGCGAGACAGGAACGAGAGCCAGUGCAUCGUGAUCACGGGGGAGAGCGGCGCGGGUAAGACGGAGGCGGCGCGCGUGUGCCUGCAGUGCGCGGUGGUGGCGGGCAGCGGCGGCGCGGGCGGCGGCGGCGUGGGCGGGGCGGGGGGCGCGGGGGGCGCGCUGGCCGCCGCGGGCACGCUGCUGGAGGCCUUCGGCAACGCCGCCACCGCGCGGAACCACAACGCGAGCAGAUUCGGAAAACUCUUGGACAUUGAAUUUGAUUAUAAGGGAGAGCCAGUAGGUGGCCACAUAACACAUUACCUCCUGGAGAAGGAGCGCGUGUGCGGCGUGGUGGAGGGCGAGCGCAACUUCCACGUGCUGUACCAGCUGCUGGCCGGCGGCGACUCCCAUCUGCUCAAACGGUUGCGGCUGCAGCGCUCCUGGGAGCACUACCGCGUGCUGCGCGCCUCGGCGGCAGCGGGCGGCGCGUCCCCCCGCCGCGGCCCGCCCGCCGCCGCGCCCCCCGCCGCCCCGCCGCGCGCGCGCCCCCCCGCCGCCGACCGCGACCACUUCGCCUUCACCAAGGUGAGCGCCGCGCCCCUCCCGCCGCCCGCCGCCCCCCGCCGCCCCCCGCCCCGCUCACCGGCGCCGCCCCUCUGCCCGCAGGCGGCGAUGAGCACUCUCGGCCUGAGCGCGACUCAAUGCGGCGCCGUGCUCCGCGUGCUCGCGUUCCUGCUCAAGCUGGGCAACGUGCAGUUCGAGCCGCAGCACAACAUCGACGGCUCCAUCGGUACCCGCCUGCAGCGCGAGUACGAGCUUCGCGAGGCGUGCGCGCUGGUCGGCGUGGAGGCGGAGGCCCUGGCCGGGGCGCUGGGCGCCUCCACGGACGCGUCCGAUGUGCCGCCCGCGGAGGCGGAGGGAGCGGCGGGCGACUGGGAGGCGUGGGAGGAGUGGGGCUCGGAGGAGGCGAGCGCGGCGGGGGCGGAGGGCGCCGCGGGGGCGGAGGGCGAGGGCGGGGGCGGGGCGGAGGGCGGCGCGGGGUGGGCGCGCGCGCUGCGCGAUCGGCUGCUGUGCUCGGUGUACGCGCGCCUCUUCACGUGGCUCGUGACGGCCGUGAACGAGUCGCUGCGGCCCUUGGCGGCGGGCGCGCGCAGCUCGCUCGGCAUCCUGGACGUGUACGGGCUGGAGUCGCUGGCCCACAACGGGUUGGAGCGGCUGCUGAUCAACUACGCGGCGGAGCGGGUGCAGGCCGCCGUCACGGGCGCCACGCUGCGCCGCGAGCAGGAGGAGUACGCGCGCGAGGGGCUCGCCUGGACCCCGCUGCCCUACACCGAGCACGAGCAGCACGCGGACCUCCUCGACGCGGGUCCGGAGAGCGUGCUGGGCAUCCUGCGCGAGUGCAGCGCGCGCGGCGCCAGCGACGCCGCCUUCCUGCAGCGGCUGCAGCGGCGCCGCAGCCCGCGCCUGCUCGUGCUGCCGCCCGACCGCUUCCAGGUGGUGCACUUCGGCGGGCCGGUGGUGUACAGCGCGCGCGGCAUCGUGCAGAAGAACCGCGACGCCGUGUGCCGCCGCUGCGCCGGCGUGCUGGGCGCGGCGCGCGAGCCGCUGCUGGCGACGCUGUUCGCGGGCGGCGCGGGUGGGGCGGGGGGCGGAGGGGCGGGGCGGGGGGCGGGUCGCCGCGGCGGCCGUGCGCGCUGGCGUGCCGGCAGCGGGCGCUGGUGGCGGCGCUGGUGCGGCGGCUGCCCCCCGCGCCGCGCCUCGUGCGCUGCCUGCGCGCGGACGCCGCGCUGCGCCCGCACCGCUUCGACCCCGCGCUCCUCAGGCACCAGAUACGCACCCAGGGGUGCGCCUCCACUUUCA